AUGAAGGGAAAGUUGGUAUUUCAAAAUUUGCCCAAUCUUCAAACCAUUUCGAUUGGAAUGAGCUUUACCAAUGCCAAACAAUUUACGAUCGAUUGCUGCUAUAAUCUGGUUUCACUCACGCUCAAAGGAGGAACUAAAAAAACCUUUGUGAACACAAAUAGUUUUACGCUGUCCAACGUCUCGCUGCUUUCUACUGUUUCGCUGGGUGAUCACUUAUUUCCCAAUCUUGACUCGUUUUUCAUCAAUAAUUGUCCACUCUGUCUUCGUGUUUCAAUCGGCGUUUUAUCCUGUAACGUAGCGAUCGUGUCUGCCACAUUGAGCAACCUGGAGAAUUUGAGGGAACUCUCAAUAGGGAUCAGUUCAUUCCAAAAGAUGUCGUCACUGACGUUAGAGAACGUCCCGAAACUGGAGGCGAGUGGAUUGAAGUUCAAUGAUGCUCUAUUGGCGAAUAACAAUCUGAAACUCUAUCUUGAUGUAACUUCCGAUUUGGCCAAGGAACUCGUUUCUAAAAACUCCAAGAUUAAGCUGUCAGUUCGCUCGAUAGAUCAAAUCGUAAACGCUUCCUCGCCGAUCUAUGUGAAUUCGUUGGAAUGGGGGGAAGAAUUCAAAAGUGAAUUCUUUAACCAAGUAUCCUGGAAUUGUCUUCUCUAUCUUCAAUCGUUGGUGAUUCAUAAUUCUGCUUGUAAUACAGUCACUUCAUUCCGGUUAAGUGAAAUGAAGUAUCUGAAAUAUAUUACGGUUGGUCGGUCUGCAUUUGUCGCUAAAAAUGCAAAGGAAUUUUAUCUUUCGAAGCUUCCUUCCUUGCAGAAGGUUCAAAUCGAUUAUAGUUCCUUUUCUUCUUUCGCCUCUGUGGUGAUCAAAGAUUUGCCUGAAUUGAAUGAAUUAACCAUUGGAACGCAAAGCUUCUCAAAUUCAAAAUCACUCGAAAUGUCUUCUUUGCCAAAGCUUAAAAAACUCACCUUCCCCUCCUAUUCAUUCCAGUUUGCAACUUGCUUGUUGAACUUACAGUCUCUGACGAGUCUUCAAUUUGGAUUGAAUAAUUUUACCACUUCCUUGGCUUGGAAGAAUAUCACAGUUCCAGCCUUGCAAAACCUUUCUUUUGGUGUAGGUUCAUGGCAACACGGGAAUGAUUUUACCCUGUCGAAUCAUUCUAAUCUGCAGUCGAUUAAGUUUGAAGGGAUGAAUUUCAGUUUGCCCAAUGGAAAAUUGGUAUUGAACAACAACAGCUCGCUUUCUUCAGUGAAUAUUGCGACGAGCUCAUUCAUUCUUUCGACGAUUACGAUUUCGAAUUGCUCCAAGCUCUCCAAAGUGGAGAUCUCCAAUGUGUCUGGCACAAAACAAACCCUUCCUGCCAUUGAUUCAAUAUUGACUCCCACUGCGUUGAGUUUUUCAAAUCUGAAGUCGCUAAAGACAAUGAAUAUCUCUCCCUAUAGCUGCAUUCAGUUUGAUAGUUUCCAAUUGCAGAAUCUGAGUCAGCUCGAGGUACUGAAGAUCCAAUACGGAUGUUUCACGAAGACGCAGAACGUGGCGAUCGAAAAGCUUCCGUCGCUUACGACGUUGGAAAUUGGAUCAUCUUGCUUUGAUUCAGUCAAAACGUUCGAACUUGCGAAUCUAUCAAAGCUGACUACGAUUCAAAUCGGCCCCAAUUGUUUUUCGAAUACGCAACGUUUCUCUCUAACGAAUCUUGCAAACUUAACGAGGCUGACAAUUGGAAAUUGCUGCUUCGUUCAUACACAAGAAAUCAGUUUGAGUAAUUUGCCAAUGCUGGAUUCUUGGGAAAUUAGAGCGGAUUGUUUUACAGACCUGAAGAAUUUCACUCUUUCCAACCUUUCAAAAUUGCAGUACCUUCUGCUGGGGGCUGGGAGCUUCGCCAAUGCCGAAAACGUUACAUUCUCAAAUUGUUCCGCAGUCACUUCCAUUUGGAUCGAACCGAAUUGUUUUAAGAAUGCCACAAGUCUUCAAAUGACCAGGCUGCCAAAUCUGAAGGAGUUGACUUUCUGCAAUGACUCUUUCCCGAUGGUUCAGAAUUUGGAAAUUGCGAAUCAUAUAAGUUUGAAUAAGAUUUCGAUUGGCGCCAAUUCUUUUGCUCAUGCGAAGGAUGUUUCGAUCUCAGUUCUUGUGAAAUUGAACUCUUUAGAGAUUGGAGAAAAUUGCUUUAGCAGUGCAGAAAAUGUUACUCUUUUGAAUAUUCCGGGUUUGAAAGUACUGGACAUUUCGAAGGGAUGCUUUCGAAAUACUCAAAAUUUCCAACUGACAGGCCUCACGUCUCUUGAAACGAUUCACAUUUCUUCGGAAUGCUUUAAGAAUAUGAAGAAUAUGAAAAUCUCUAGCCUUAAGAAGUUAUCCAAACUGCAAAUUGAAUCCGACUCGUUCACAAGCACAGAAGUUUUCGAACUAUCUCAACUGCAAGCACUCACAUCGAUAGUUAUUGGCUCCCAUUCAUUCUCAAAUUUGGCAAGUCUCCGAAUUUGCGGCUUUAUGAAACUGAGCACAAUAUCAAUCAAUGAGAAUUGCUUCACAAAUACGCAAAGUCUUGAACUUUUGAAUUUGCCUCUCUUGGAUUCGCUUUCAAUUAAUUCUGGGAGCUUUUGCAAUGCUCAAAAGAUUCAGAUUUCAUCUUGUGAUCAUUGUAGAACGUUGUCAUUCGGCAAUAACUGCUUUUCAAGUCUCCAAUCUCUUCAAUUGUCUAAACUGCCAUCCUUCACAACUCUCAUCAUUGGAGAAAGCUGCUUUAACAAUGUGGAGACAUUCCAACUUUCGAGUGAUCCCUCAUUGAAAAGCAUAAAGAUAGGAAAGGGCAGCCUGAAUAAGAUAAAGACAGUACAGUUCUGCAAUCUGGCGGAGUUGAAGGAGUUGGAUAUCGCAGAGAACUGCUUCCAACAGGCUCAGGACUUUUGUCUGCACACACUGAAUUCUCUGGAAUCAUUCAAUCUCAAUAAGAACUUCCUUACCAACACGAAAUCUGUCUUGCUGACGAAACUGGUAUCGCUCCAUGAGUUGAAGAUCGAAGCCGAGUUCUCAACCAAUGUAACUAGCUUUCAGCUCAUUGAUCUUCAAAACAUAAAAAAUCUCGUGAUUGGUCCCAAGUGCUUCCCAUCCCUCAAGACUUUUUCUCUCUCUGGGCUGCCUCUUCUCGCAACGAUCGAAAUCCAAUCCAAGUCCUUCGCAAACCUUCAUUCUUUCAAGCUUGACAAUCUCCCGCAACUGAAGACAAUCAAAAUCGCGAGUGGUUGUUUCGCAAACACGGAGGAUCUUUUCCUGUUAUUCUUGACUUCCAUCGAAACGAUCCAGAUCGACUCGAAUUGCUUUCCGAAAACGUCUUUUGUCUCCCUCAGCAAUCUCACCCCCAUGAAAUCAUUCAUUAUUGGGUCGGACUGCUUCGUUACGGGUUCUGGAACGUUUAAUGCGACGAUCGUAAACGCAGUCAAGCUUUCUGUGGGUAAAAAUAGUUGCACAUCGUUCGAACGAAUCACAACGACAAAAUCAUUUUUGAAUACUUCCGUUUCGAUUGAGAAGUCAUCAUUUACGAAUGUGAAAAAAAUGGAAGGCGAAUCUGCUUUGAUAGACGCUAUUUACAUGCUGCUUCCUGCGUUAGAAUUCAAUAUGACUGUGAAUUCUAACACGCCCACACUCCCAGUGAUGAAAAAGUACUGCGUGCGUAUCCACAUCCAAUCGAAUUGCGGAUCAAAAAGCUCGGACUUCUCCUUUACUUUGGACGGAUUCCCCAAACUGAAAUCGUUUUCGGUUGAGAGCAACAGCCUGAAGCAGUGUGCCUCGCUUAUCAUCCGGGACAGUCCUCUUUUGAAAUCAGUUAAAGUCGAUUCGAAUUGCUUUAUGAAGGCGGGAAGUAGUCUUGGCGCCUUGGAAAUCACAGCAUGUCCCGCAUUGGCUAUUAUUUCGAUCGGCGAGAAUAGUUUUAAUCACGCUACCAAUGUCAUUCUUCACACCCUUCCGUCGCUCGUGUUCUUCGAAUUCUAUGCGAGCAACUUCGUCGACGCCUCGUACUUUUCGCUCUGGCAACUGGAUCGCUUCGAAACGUUAGUCAUUCCGCCGAACUCCAUGAAGGCAAUCCGGACCAUUCAGUUGAUUUCGCUCCCUGUGCUUCGCAAGAUCAUUCUGGGAAAAAACUGCUGGAUCGGAUCGAAGAAGCAAAGCGAAAUGACUUGUAAAGAUUGCCCCAAACUCGAAACGAUCGAUUUUGGCGAGGUCGACAGCACGACGUUGAGCGUAUUCAGCUGGUUAGAUUUCCAAAAUACGCCAUUAUUGAAACUUCAACCCGUUGAUUUGAUGCGAACGUCGCUUUUCCAAAACGUAAAAACGAAGAAUCUCAAAGAAUGCGGAGAAUUGCCCAACCUCUUCCUCGCCAGAACGCAGCUAGCAGGCAAUCGACCCAUCGAACUUCCCUUCACGCAGCUGGGCGAUUUGGAAGCGUUUAUUCUCGCGCCUAACACGUACAACAAUGGGAACAACACGGUGUUGUCCAUAACAGGAAAGCCUCGUUUGAGAAUGCUGGUUUUGGGGGAGAAUUGCGGCGGAUACACGAUGUCAUUCGUCAUAGCGGAAUGCCCGCAUCUCGAAAAAGUGCUCAUUCGAAAGAACUCGUUCGGGUUUUCUCUUGUAAACGCAAACCAAAUGAUGAAGGUGCGCGUUUCAAACUGUCGAAGCCUCAAACAGCUGAUCAUCGAAGAGGGAUCGUUCGCGAAUUACUCCAAAUUGGAGCUGCAAGGCCUCCCCAAACUGCAAGAAUUGAUUAUUGGCACGCUCAACAAAACGAAGAAAUCGAAGAACUUCUCGCGUGUGGACACAUUCGAGCUGGUGAAUCUCCCGGCACUGCGCAGUGCGCUGUUAGGAACGUAUUCAUUCGCCAAUUCGCGGCGUGCUAUUUUUUCACAAUUACCCUGUUUGACGCAGCUCGUGUUCGGAAAGAACUCCUUCUUGAUGGAUCACAGCAACGCGAUGCCCAUCUCCACUGCCGAACGGCCGAGAUAUCGAAACGCGGUCGAGUUUGAGCGUAGGUUUGAAGGCGAACAAUGA